UUGUGCGGCAGGGCUGUGUCCUCCCCGCAGAUUAGCUUGGGGCGUGUAAUUGGCUCAGUGGCUGAGCAUAAAGCCCAGGGAAAGCACCUCCUGCUGGGACAGACGACCAGGGGUCCAGGACUCCGGCCAGGCAGAAUCCGGAGAGCGUGUGUCAGUGGCAGAGCCACACCCUGGCCUGGAUGAGCACCGAAACUCUGCCACUGCCUCCCCCAGCUCCUGGGUUGUGCCUCAGAGACCAGGAGAACUCCAGGGUUGAUGCAUUCAGGGACAUGGUGGAAAGUGGGACUAUGGCUGAAAAUGUCCCCAUAGCCACCCCACCCGAUGACUCCUUGGUCCCCUCGCUCGAUGUUGCCACUGGUUCCCUUGCCAAGGACAAUGUGCUGCAGGAACCGUCCACCUCAGGACAGGAGGGCAACCAUUUUGAGAGGGGCCCCCCAUCUCCAGUCAAGCCGCCAGAGGGGACUGAAAUGGCAGAGGUCUCCAAGUCACCAGACCAAGGGCAGGAUGACAACUAUUCCGCUCACCAGGACAAGACACCCUGUCGCUCCCCAGAGCAACCGAAUGCUGAGGAUGCUGCAAGCCUGUUGGCCCAAGGGGGACAUGGCAGCCAAUCUGUGUGUUGCGACAAGAUGCCGGACGCCCAGUGUCCUACUGGGACCUUGGAACAGCUGGCGCAAGAGGAGGAGGCCGGUCUGAAUCACUGCCAUGAGAAGAACGGAGCUGGGCCCACUGACUCCUUGAAACAGUUGGAGCAUGGCCAAGAAGAAAAAGGAACUCUUCUUCUUCAUUGUGUGGAGACCUCAGGUGUUUCUUCGGAGCAACAGAACUCCACCAGCACCUCAAAUCAAGUGGACCUAUGGGAGGAGAGUGGCAUUGUGGGUAGUCACAGCCAGGAUCCUGCUUCAGAAUCUCUAGAGGAACCUGAACUUGCCGCCGCUGCAUCCUCUGAGCCACCCAGCAUCUCGCUUCCGGGGACCAAUUCCCCAAAGCAGUCAUGGGAGGGAGAUUGUUUGGUCUUUCCCAGCCACCAUCCCAGCUCCGCUCCCUGUGCUGAGCAUCAGGAGACGUUUGACACUGCCAGCGUUGAUCAAGAGGUAAAACCAGUCUGCUCGGAAACGGUAGAGGCUGGCAAGGAGGAAAGCACGCCCAGGGAGCUGGGUGAUCAGUCCCAAGCUGCAGAGGAAUAUCUGGGUAACCUGAAUGGGCAGUUAUUUGGGGAGGCCUCGGUGGAUCACUCUCAAACAACGGAGAAGCAAGAUGCCCAAGAUGCUGAACGUACCCCAGCCGGACUUUCACUGGCAUUGAUAGACUCUCAGCCAGAUGUUGGCACCUAUUGCCAGCAGAGGGCGGCAGGCUCAGAUGGCGACACUCCCCUCCAGGCAGCUCCAAGGCAGUCUCCUGUGGCAACCGGUGACUCCUCUGGACCUGCCCACUGGGGCCUGGCUCCUGACUGUGGCAGGCAAGAGAGGGAAGGACUGGCUGCUGAGGAAUCGAGCGGAGCCGGCAACGACAGCCAAGCCCAGGGUGAGGCUGGAGCCAAGGCUGCGCUGGAAACUGAGAAGGGAGAGGAGGCGUCCAGCAGCGCUGGGACUGGGGAAGCCACCUGCGUUCCGGAGAGUGCAAAGGACCUAGCCGGUGCCAAAGAUCCAGCCGUAGAAUCACCUGGCUUGGAAAGCCCGACUGGCACAAGGGAUCCAGCUGGUCCCCAAGACCAAGCUGGGACCAUGGUACUAGCUAGCACUGAAGAUCCACUUGGGGCCAGGGACAGAGCGGGCUCUCAAGAUUUGGCCAGCACUACAUGCCCAGUUGCUGUUUCGGAGCACGACACUUCCAGUCCGAAACCUGGAGACCAGUCGCUACUUGGUGCCAGGGACCCUGCCAGCGCAGAAGACCUGGUGAGCCCUGCAGACCCGGUCUGUGCCACAUCCACGCCCAGCAGGCCCUCUGGGACUGGCGGCAUGGACUGGACGGGAAACACCACGGAGCGUACGGAGGCCCUGCACCCUGCCACCGAGACCCCGAUCGAGCGAGAGAUCCGUCUCCACCAGGAACGGGAAGAGCACCUGCGGCGGCAAAGGGGCCUGGCUAGCCCCUGGGGCACUCAGGAGUAUGUGGAGGUGCGCAUCAGGCCUAUCCUGAACCAGAACGUGGGGCCCCCCAUGCUGCCCAAGGAGAAGGAGCGCCAGUGGGCCGGGGUUCAAAUGCAGAGGGAGAUCCAGAGGGAAUGUCAACGUGAAGAGGACCUGGUCCAGCUGGGGAAGGUCAGGGGGGCCUACGACCGUGGCACCCCGCAAGAGAUGCAGGAGAAGAUGAUGAUUUUUGAACAGCAUCCCAGCCCAGAACCUCCAGCCCCCAGGAAGAUGCUGUGCAGCAGCCCCAGAGGGGCGAGGGGUCUCUCCUUUGCGGAGGCCAACAGCACCGCCAACAUGGUCAUCGUGGACUCUGGCGCUCUGCUGCGAGCCCAAUGGCCGCUGGCCGAGAGAACCCCUGCCUCGGCCAACCCCUUCUUCUGCUUGCGUGCCAAAAGCCCCCAGUCUCUGCUGGAGCAGGAGGUCCAAGAAGCUCAGGAACGAGAGCGGGAGCUGCAGAGGCAGAGGCACAACCUGUACGGCUCAGCGUUGCCCUGCCAGGCUGCAGAGGCCUCAGCUCAGGAUGAGGAGACCCCCAGCCAGCCAGAGAGACCUUCCUGCAAGAAGCUGGACGUCACCUGGCCCCCUCCAAGCCCUCCGGAGACCUCUCAGGUGAAUGGCCUCCAUCAGCCGGAGAGAAGCCCUCGAAUCCUCCGCCGACAGAGGAGUGCCUUAAUCCAGCGCUGGGAGUCGGGAGCUGUUGGCAACCAGGACAGUGAAGAUUAGGGGGCUGCCUCAGCAAGAAAAGCCACUGGGUCGCGUCUCCAGUGCAAAAGACACAAGGGCCCCCCUGUGCCUCCCCCAAACUUGCACAAAACAUAACUCACGGUGUGCAUGUCGAGUGCACCUCUGGAGCCGACUGUGUAUUCUUUCCACUCCGCCUUUUGAUU